AUGGCUAUACACGGUGGAUUUUAUGAUAUUGCCUUCUGCAAACCCGGGAACGAUAGGUGGACCAUCUUGGAUGGUUCGCGCCCACCUUAUUCUGACAUUGUGUAUUUCAGCAAGGAUCAGCGAUUUUAUGCCAUCAAUUCGGAUUGUAGCAUGGAAGCUUGGGACCUCAGGGAUCCUUCUUGUCCCAAAAUUCAAGUGUUUGAUGGUGCUUCCUUGCGGCCUGGGAAGCUUGGGCACGAACUUCGGUUAUCUUAUAAUUGUGUUAAGCGUAAUUAUUUAGUUGAAUCCUCUGGGGAUCUUUUGCUGCUUUCCAGGUUUGUAGCUUUAAGUGUUGCUGAAAGUGGCAUUGAUCAUCCUGAGAGUUUUAAAGAGAGAUUUUAUAGAUAUCUCCGGACGGAGGCAAUAGAAAGGAAUUAUUACAUUCGUGAUAAUGAUGCUUAUUGGACUCUGGGAUUUGAUGUUCAUAAGUUAGAUUACUAUCACGGUAAGUGGGAACCUGUGGAAUGCUUAGGUGACCGGGCACUGUUUGUGGGUUCUAAUCAUUCUUUUUCUCUUUCAACACUCGAUUAUCCGGAGCUGAUUGGAAAUUCCAUCUACUUCUCAGAUGAUAACUUUGAGGAAUUUAACAACGUAUAUCAUGGCCAUGAUAAUGGCAUCUUUUGCUUAGGAGAUAACAACCUAAAGCGUUUUUAUCCGGUCAGGUUGAAGAUCAUUGACCCACAUCCAGUUUGGGUUGCCCCCAACACAAUGUAG